UCGACUACAUCCUUAAACUUGAAUUCCAAUUCAUUUCUAACCAUUAGUUUCUUGAGAUAUAUCUUUUAUAUGCAGUGCAGCUUACUACUCUCUUCUAAGUUAGGGUUUUUACCAACUCAUUUCUUCUUUAAGUUCAAGUGAAAUUAGUUAUUCCAUAUUUUGUUUUCGUUUUUUUUUCUUAGCUUAUUCUUAGUCAUCGAUGGAAAUUGAGCCAAUGGUAAAAAUGCAUUACCCAUUCCUCACAGCUGUUCUCUAUGAUGACAAUCUCUCCAUAAAACAUUUUCAUUCAUCUCUUAGCGAUGAUGUUUCAUGUGUACAAAAUGUACAUCAUAAACAUUUUCAGGUUAAUUUUGAUAGGUCACACCUCACAUCUAUCAUAAACCUCAAUCCUGAUAUUUAUCAUAAGAAUCUAACAUCAAAAAUCUCAAACACUACUUCCGAUCAUAUUCCAAAUCUAAAUAUUCCCCCAUAUCACUUUGAUAUCUUUAGAGGCAUAACUCCUUAUCCAUGCACUGAAGAUUUUGAGGCAUACCUUCAUGGCAAAUCCAUUAACCCAAAUCUCUUUAGUAUGACAUGUAGCACAUCGUCACCACUCAAAGAUGCAUCCAAAAUUUUACAUGCCCCACGUGAAAUUACGAUGUGGGGUAAUGAUCAACCCCAAGGAACCAUCUUUGAGUACAAAUCACUUUUUAAUCUUGCCAUAGCUGACUCAAAUCUAUAUGAUACGUCAAAGCCAAUGGGUAUCUGGAGCGCAAAUGAAGAUGAUGUCAUGAAUCAAUGUCAAAAUAAUCAAAUAGUGAUCAAAACCGAUCAAAUCAAGAAGGAUAAGAGAUUCCAAUUGAGGAGAGGAUGCAAACCCAUGAAAAAAGCUAACAUCAUCAAAGGGCAAUGGACUUCCGGUGAAGAUAGGUUGCUCGUACAAUUAGUGGAGCACCAUGGAACUAAAAAAUGGUCUCAUAUUGCUAAAAUGCUUCAAGGACGAGUAGGAAAACAGUGUAGAGAAAGGUGGCAUAAUCAUCUACGUCCUGAUAUCAAGAAAGAUGGUUGGAGUGAAGAAGAGGAUAUGAUACUUAUUUCUGCCCACAAAGAGAUUGGUAACAAAUGGGCUGAGAUCGCACGGAAACUCCCAGGACGUACUGAAAAUACAAUCAAGAAUCAUUGGAAUGCGACUAAACGCCGACAAUACUCAAGGAGGUCUAAAGGAAAAGACGAAACUUCCCUUGCAAUAUGUAGCAGCACUCUUCAGAACUAUAUUAGGUCUAUUACCUACAACGAUGAUACUCUAAUGACCAGUGCAACAUUUCACGCAAAUGCAAACGAAAACACAAAAUUUAGUCCAAAACAUAUGAGAGGUAAAGGCAAAGUGCUGACUGUUGCAGCCUCGGACUAUGCCAAGAACAAUGACCAUGAGAAUGAAUGUAAGUAUAUUGUUGAUGGUGUGAUGAACUUGGGUUUAGAUGAUGGAAAGAAUACGUCUUCAUCAGCUGUUACGUCUACUUCUGGUUCGACGUCUAGGCCGGGAAGUGGUUUAACCGUGGAGUUUGAUGAAUCGAUGACAGAUACUUGGAUGGUGAUGCAUGGAUGCGAUGAAGUUAUGAUGAACGAGAUUGCUUUGCUGGAGUUGAUUUCAGAUGGCCGCCUAUAAUAAGACUAUAACGUAGUCAAACUUUAUUAUAUCUAUAUGUAUAAUAUGCUAUAUGAAAUAAAGUUUGUGCUUUUUAAUGGAAGAAUUGAAUAUUUAGUAUAUAUU